AUGGAAGUGGACGUGGACAUGGACGUCGACGUGGUCGUGGACAUGGACGUGGACGUGGACAUGGACGUGGACGUGGACGUGGACAGGGAAGUGGACCUGGACGUGGACGUGGACGUGGACGUGGACGUUGACGUGGACAUGCACGUGGACGUGGACGUGGAUGUGGACGUGGACGUGUACGUGGACGUGGACACGGACGUGGACGUGGACGUGGACGUAGACGUGGACCUGGACGUAGACGUGGACGUGUACGUGGACGUAGACGUGGACGUGGACGUAGAUGUGGAGGAAUUGGACGUGGACAUGGACGUGGACGUGGACGUGGACGUGGACGUGGAGGUGGACGUGGACAUGGACGUGGACGUGGACGUUGACGUGGACGUGGACGUGGACGUGGACGUUGACGUGGACAUGGAAGUGGACGUGGACAUGGACGUCCACGUGGUCGUGGACAUGGACGUGGACGUGGACGUGGACGUGGACGUGGACAGGGAAGUGGACCUGGACGUGGACGUGGAUGUGGACAUGGACGUGGACGUUGACUUGGACAUGGACGUGGACGUGGACGUGGACGUAAACGUGGACGUGGACGUGGACGUAGACGUGGACAUGGACGUGGACAUGGACAUGGACGUGGACGUUGACGUGGACGUGGACGUGGACAUGGACAUGGACGUGGACGUGGACGUGGACAUGGACGUGGACCUGGACGUGGACGUGGAUAGGGACGUGGACCUGGACGUGGACGUGGACAUGGAUAUGGACAUGGAUGUGGACGUGGACAUGGACGUGGACAUGGAUGUGGACGUGGACAUGGAUGUAGACGUGGACGUGGACGUGGAUGUGGACGUGGACGUGGAUGUGGACAUGGAUAUGGACGUGGACGUGGACGUGGACGUAGACAUGGACGUGGACGUCUACGUGAACGUGGACGUGCACGUGGACGUAGACGUGGAGGACUUGGACGUGGACGUGGACGUGGACGUGGACUUGGACGUGGAGGUGGACGUGGACGUGGACGUGGACGUGGAGGUGGACGUGGACGUGGACGUGGACGUGGACGUCGACAUGGACGUGGAUGUGGACGUGGACAUGGACGUGGACGUGGUCGUGGACGUGGACGUGGUCGUGGACGUGGACGUGAACGUGGACGUGGUCGUGGACGUGGACGUGGACGUGGACGUGGACAUGGAAGUGGACCUGGACGUGGACAUGGACGUGGACGUGGACGUGGAGGACAUGGACGUGGACAUGGACGUGGACGUGGACGUGAACGUGGACGUGGACGUGGACGUGGACAUGGACGUGGACGUGGACGUGGACAUGGACGUGGACGUGGACGUGGAUGUGGACGUGGACGUGGACGUGGAUGUGGACGUGGACGUGGACAUGGACGUGGACGUGGACAUGGACGUGGGCGUGGACGUGGAUGUGGACGUCGACGUGGACGUGGACUUGGAUAUGGACGUGGAUGUGGACAUGGACGUGGACGUGGACGUGGACAUGGACGUGGACGUGGACGUGGAAGUGGACAUGGACGUAGACGUGGACGUGGACGUGGAUGUGGACGUGGACGUGGACCUGGACGUGGACCUGGACGUGGACGUGGACGUGGACGUGGACAUGGACGUGGACGUGGACGUAGACGUGGACAUUGUCGUGGACGUGGACAUUGUCGUGGACGUGGACGUGGACGUGGACGUGGACGUGGACGUGGUCUUGGACGUGGACGUGGACGUGGAUGUGGACGUGGUCGUGGACGUGGACGUGGACGUGGACGUGGACGUGGACCUGGACGUGGACGUGGACGUGGACGUGGACGUGGACGUGGACGUGGACGUGGACGUGGACAAGGAAUGGACGUGGACGUGGACGUGGACGUGGACAUGGACAUGGACACGGACGUCGACGUGGACGUGGACGUGGACAUUGUCACGUGGACGUGGACGUGGUUGGGACGUGGACGUGGACAUGGACAUGGACGUGGACGUGGACGUGGACCUGGACCUGGACCUGGACGUGGACCUGGACGUGGACGUGGACGUGGACGUGGACAUGGACGUGGACAUGGAUGUGGACAUGGACAUGGACGUGGACAUGGACGUGGACAUGGAUGUGGACGUGGACGUGGACGUGGACGUGGAUGUGGACGUGGACGUGGACGUGGACGUGGACAUGGACGUGGACAUGGACGUGGAUGUGCACAUGGACAUUGACAUGGACGUGGACGUGGACGUCGACGUCGACGUGGACGUGGACAUGGACGUGGACGUGGACGUGUACGUGGACGUGGACGUGGACGUGGACGUGGACGUGGACGUAGACGUGGAGGACUUGGACGUGGACGUGGACGUGGACGUGGACGUGGAUGUGGACGUGGACGUGGACGUGGACGUGGACGUGGACGUGGCCGUGGACGUGGACGUGGACGUGGAGGACUUGGACGUGGACGUGGACAUGGACGUGGACGUGGACGUGGACGUGGACGUUGACAUGGACGUGGACGUGGACGUGGACGUGGACGUUGACGUGGACAUGGACGUGGACGUGGACGUGGACGUGGACGUGGAUAGGGAAGUGGACCUGGACGUGGACGGGGACAUGGACGUGGACGUGGACGUGGAUGUGGACGUGGACAUGGACGUGGACGUGGACGUGGACGUGGAUUUGGACGUGGACGUGGACGUGGACGUGGACGUGGAUUUGGACGUGGACGUGGACGUGGACGUGGACAUGGACGUGGACGUGGACAUGGACGUGGACGUGGGCGUGGACGUGGAUGUGGACGUCGACGUGGACGUGGACUUGGAUAUGGACGUGGAUGUGGACAUGGACGUGGACGUGGACGUGGACGUGGACAUGGACGUGGACGUGGACGUGGACGUGGACAUGGACGUAGACGUGGACGUGGACGUGGACCUGGACGUGGACCUGGACGUGGACGUGGACGUGGACAUGGACGUGGACGUGGACGUAGACGUGGACAUUGUCGUGGACGUGGACAUUGUCGUGGACGUGGACGUGGACGUGGACGUGGACGUGGACGUGGACGUAGUCUUGGACGUGGACGUGGACGUGGAUGUGGACGUGGUCGUGGACGUGGACGUGGACGUGGACAUGGACGUGGACCUGGACGUGGACGUGGACGUGGACGUGGACGUGGACGUGGACAUGGACGUGGACGUGGACGUGGACGUGGACAUGGACAUGGACAUGGACGUCGACGUGGACGUGGACGUGGACAUUGUCGUGGACGUGGACGUAGACGUGGACGUGGUCGUGGACGUGGACGUGGACGUCGACGUGGACGUGGACAUUGUCGUGGACCUGGACAUUGUCGUGGACGUGGACGUGGAUGUGGACGUGGAUGUGGUCGUGGACGUGGACGUAAACGUGGACGUGGUCGUGCACGUGGACAUGGACGUGGACGUGGACGUGGACAUGGAAGUGGACGUGGACGUGGAGGACAUGGACGUGGACAUGGACUUGGACGUAGACGUGGACUUGGACGUGGACAUGGACAUGGACGUGGACGUGGACGUGGACGUGGACAUGGUCGUGGAGAUGGACGUGGACGUGGACGUAGACGUGGACAUGGACGUGGACGUGGACGUGGACAUGGACGUGGACAUGGACGAUGGACGUGGACGUGGACGUGGACGUGGACGUGGACAUGGACGUGGACGUAGACGUGGACGUGGACGUGGUUGGGACGUGGACGUGGACAUGGACAUGGACGUGGACGUGGACCUGGACCUGGACCUGGACCUGGACCUGGACGUGGACCUGGACGUGGACGUGGACGUGGACGUGGACAUGGACGUGGACAUGGAUGUGGACGUGGACAUGGACGUGGAGCUUGCGUGGUCGAGGAGCUUUCGUGGUCCAGGAGCUUGCCUGGUCCAGGAGUUUGCCUGGUUUAAGAGCUUGCCUGGUCCAAGAGCUUGCAUGGUCCAAGAGCUUGCCUGGUCCAGGAGCUUGCCUGGUCUAGGAGCUUGCCUGGUCCAGGAGCUUGCGUGGUCCAAGAGCGUACCUGGUCCACGAGUUUGCCUGUUCCAGAAGCUUGCCUGGUCCAAGAGCUUGCCUGGUCCAGGAGCUUGCCUAGUCUUAGAGCUAUCCUGGUCCAGGAGCUUGCCUGGUUAA